CGCAAAAGAUCCACGUCCCUCGACUCGCCCGCACCCCCGCCACUCCCCCUCUCCCCUCUCGCCGCCGUCUCUCGCCGCCGCCGCGGCGCUCGUCGAACACCUACCGCCCGCCGCCCGCCUCGUCGCCGGUGCGGAGCGCACCGGCGAGCGAGAUGUGGCCCGCCGCAGCCGCGUCCCUCCACGUGCUCGUCCUCCCGCCACUCCCUCCUCCCGGUUGCAGGACGCGCCGAGCCGCCCCUGUCCUCGCGCGCCGCGGCCGUGGCGUGCGACAUGCCGCGCGCCGCGACACGCCGCCUAACCCGGUGGACGCGGUCGACUGCGUCGGCACGGGCGCCGACGUCGAGUGCUACGUCGACGACCGCCCAGGCGCGGAAGUGGGGCCCAUCCGCCGCGAGGCGACGCCGCCGCCCUCCCCGCAGGACGCGGUCGACUGCGUCGGCACGGGCACGGACGUCGAGUGCUUCGUCGACGGCCCAGGCGCAGGCGCAGGCGUAGGCGCGGAGCCCCUCCUCGCGCGGGUCUCCGAGGAGGAGGAGGAUGGCGUCUCGGCCUCGGCGGCGGCGCUCGUGGGGAGGGAGUGGUGGGAGUGGGCGUCGCUGGUGUCGCCCUUCUUCUUCUGGGGCACGGCCAUGGUGGCGAUGAAGGGGGUCAUACCCAAGACGGGCCCCUUCUUCGUCGCCGCGCUCCGCCUCCUCCCCGCCGGCGCGCUGCUCGUCGCCUUCGCCGCCGCGCGCGGCAGGAGGCAGCCCUCCGGCUGGGCCGCCUGGGUCGCCGUCGCCGCCUUCGGCCUCGUCGACGCCGCCUGCUUCCAGGGAUUUCUCGCGGAGGGAUUGCAGAAGACAUCGGCUGGGCUCGGAAGCGUUAUCAUUGAUUCUCAGCCAUUAACGGUAGCUGUCCUUGCAGCGCUGCUCUUUGGAGAAUCGAUUGGCGCGAUAGGAGUUGGAGGGCUCGUGCUGGGUGUCGUCGGGCUUUUGCUUCUCGAGGUUCCAGCACUAUCAGUUGAAGGGAAUGACACAGCGAUCUGGGGAAGUGGGGAAUGGUGGAUGUUCCUCUCGGCCCAAAGCAUGGCUGUCGGAACUAUCAUGGUCCGUUGGGUGUCAAAGUAUUCUGAUCCAAUCAUGGCAACAGGAUGGCACAUGAUAAUUGGUGGCCUUCCUUUGUUGGUUAUAUCUGUUCUCAAUCAUGAUCCUGCGCUGAAUGGGCAUCUUCAAGAACUUACACUGAAUGAUGUAUUAGCACUUCUCUAUACAUCUAUAUUUGGCAGUGCUAUCAGCUAUGGUGUGUACUUCUACAAUGCUACAAGAGGUAGCUUGACCACACUUAGUUCUCUCACUUUCUUAACUCCUAUGUUUGCUUCCAUUUUUGGGUUCCUCUAUCUGGGAGAGACCUUCUCGCCUGUACAGCUUGGUGGCGCGCUUCUAACAUUGGUCGCCAUCUAUAUGGUUAACUACAAAAGCAUCGUAGGCGAGAAGUAAAAGGCCGUUGCAAGAUUCUUCUGGAGACACUGGCACAGAUGAAUGCUGUACUGAAGCACCUGUAACAUUUCAUUGGCGCAAAACAGCAAUGUGAAGAUUUAAAGUACAUCCCACGGUCCCAACAUCUCACACAGCUUGAACUGUGAAAGAAGACAGGGAUAUGGUGGUAUAACCUCUGAACAUAGUUAGACUGGUAAUUUGGGCAUCAGUGCAUACUUCCGAGGUUCCCAAGUUAGUCAUCUACUUCAUUUCGGCUUGCAUUCUGAAAUGGAUAAAACUUGAGUGUCAUCAGAUGGUUAAAACAUAGUUGCUAUGAACUGUGUUGUGGAUAUCAAAUUGAGGGAAGUUGCCCCUUUGUACAAGUAGUUUGGAGCAUAAAAAAAUAGUUGAUCGAAAGGAAGCAGCUGUAUAUGUUGAGCACAAGCUUCGUCUAUCGAUCUAAGUUCAGACACUUUCCCUGAUAAAUACGAAGCAUGUCCCUUUUGUGAGAAAAAAGGGAACUGUGAAACUGUAGUUGAUGGUGCAUGUAUAUAUACGUGUAUAUGUUUUCCAA